CGGCUGUAAAUAAAAAUCACCCAUGCUUUCACACGCAGAGAUGACCACUGAUUUCCCGUUGUUUUUCUGGAAUACAUUGUAGUAAGGUUCUGUACAAAAGUUGAGUUCAAACUUUUUUUCUUUUUUUGGUGUUUCUGCAGUUGUGGCGCGCCUGAGGUUCCGGCUACUCGGGAGACUGAGGCGGAAGGUUUGCUUGAGCCUGGGAAGUUGAGACCAGCCUGGGCAACAUAGCUAGACCCCGCCUCAGAAAAAGAGAGGGAGCGAGGAAAACAGUGGAGUUAUUGGUCAAAGAGAGUGACAGUGAGGAUUCACAUUUGGGUUAUUUCAAGAUGAGCUUCCUACUGCCCAAGCUGACUAGCAAAAAGGAAGUAGACCAGGCGAUAAAAAGUACUGCUGAGAAGGUGUUGGUUCUCAGGUUUGGGAGAGAUGAAGAUCCUGUCUGUCUGCAGCUAGAUGAUAUUCUUUCUAAGACCUCUUCUGACUUAAGUAAAAUGGCUGCUAUAUACCUGGUAGAUGUGGACCACACUCCAGUUUAUACACAGUAUUUUGACAUCAGUUAUAUUCCGUCUACUGUCUUUUUCUUCAAUGGGCAGCAUAUGAAAGUGGAUUAUGGAUCUCCAGAUCACACUAAGUUUGUGGGAAGCUUCAAAACCAAACAAGACUUCAUAGAUUUGAUUGAAGUAAUCUAUCGAGGAGCAAUGAGGGGGAAGCUUAUUGUCCAAAGUCCUAUUGAUCCCAAGAAUAUUCCCAAAUAUGACCUUCUCUAUCAAGACAUUUAGUACAUUAAUUGCUGUCAAAGAUGAAGAAAAAGGCGCAUCUUGACACAGUACCUGAAUCCAGCUGUGCUGUGUUUCUGGAGUCCUUUGGAAACAUGUGUCCCAGAGGAGAAGAGGUUUGACUUUCGUGUAGAAAACCCGGCCCCUGAGGAAAAGACCCCACUGGUUCUCCGAUGACCUGGGAUGCCUAACUGUCUACUCCCUGUGAGCCUCAGAGCAGCCAAGUCGUUGGUGUUCAUUUUCCCCACAGUGAUUUUUGUAACUUCUCUUUCUAAUGUUUUUCUUUAUCCCUUUAAUACAGAACCCUCCCAAACAUUGGCUAGUACAAUUUGAUUUCAUCAUGUUCAUUUGAUAACACAAGUGAACUGGAAAGUCACUUCCCAUAGAAGCAAAAGUACUUAUUUUCUACCCUAGCUGGGUGCAUGCAUGCGCACACACACACACACACGCACAUGCACACACGCACACACACACCCCUUUGCCGGUUCCUCCACUCAUACAUCCCUCGUGCUUUCCUAUCUCCAGUCUGUAUUGGCUCAUUUAAUUUUUUUUUUUUUUUUUUUUUUUUUUUUUUUUUUUUUGAGACCAAGUCUCACUCGUCGCCCAGGCUGGAGUGCAGUGGCGCGAUCUCGGCUCACUGCAAGCUCCGCCUCCUGGGUUCAUGCCAUUCUCCUGCUUCAGCCUCCCGAGGACUACAGGCGCCUGCCACCAUGCCCGGCUAAUUUUUUGUAUUUUUAUAGAGGCGUGGUUUCACCGUGUUAGCCAAGAUGGUCUCGAUCUCCUGACCUCGUGAUCCGCCCUCCUCAGCCUCCGAAGUGCUGGGAUUAUAGGCGUGAGCCACCGCGCCCGGCCCAUUUAAUUAUUUUUUAUGUUAUAAAAUGUAAUAUGAAAAGUGAGAAUUUGAACCUUUACCAUCCACCACUCUGUUCAGGUAAAACAAUGAAUGAGCCACUUUUAGCAGGAGCAGAUUUUUCCCAGAAGCUGCUGCCUCUUCCUGAGGCAGAAAAUUGUAUUACUAAGGCUCAAAACUAAAAGAGAUGUCAGCAUUGUUAGAGAGAAAUGUCACCUGUAUGGGAUUUGCCUGUUUUAAUAACUUUUUGAGGAAUUCUUGCUCUUCCAGGGGUGCCUGGCGCAACCGUGGGCAAGUUACUGCCCCUCUUUAAACCUCAUGGUGGUUAUUGAAACAGAUUUAUUAAAAGGAGAGGGUAGGCGCAGAGCUGGGGAGCCAUGGGCGAGGCAGCUUGUGACCUGCCUAGCAGCCGCUGACCUCCUCGCCAACAGAAGCCCAGUCCUGUUCAGAGCAACACUGUCACUGCAAGUCCAGCCCUCUUUGCCAGGGGCUCCAUUCCACCCCUUUCCUGCAGGGAGGGGUGCCAUGAGUAUUGCUUCUGGCUCAUACAGGAGAGAGGGAAGGCUGCCAGGCACUGCUUGUGUCCCUGCUGAUAAAAGGAGGGAAUCACUCCAGGAAUAAGACAAAAGGAUGAGGAGGAGGCCAUCACCUCUGUCCUCUUCCAUCGUACACUUCCUGUCUCUGGUUUAAUCAUGAUGCAUGGAGCUACAACAGCCAUCUUAGGUCCACGAGGUGCCCAGCACCAGAUAAAACAUCAAUAUGCUAAGAAGAACAAAAAGAGCCUGAUCCCUGAUGUUAUUGAGCUCCUUCGUGAACUCUGGACCUGCCUCCCUCAGCCUUCUGUGAAAGAAUAAAAUUUAUUUUUGCCUAA